AUGGAUGUCAUUAUCUGGGCUAUCUCAAGCGUGUUCCGCUGGAUGCGUCUCAAGGUCUACCAGUACGAGGUGACCUUUGCCCUGUACAUGUUGACGCCAAUCGAGAAGCUCAUCUUCAACACAUUCCUCAUUACUCUCAUCACCAUGAUUGCGGCCGGAAUCUAUAUCUACCUGCCUGACCACCUGCGCGCCAUCUACGGCCGCCUCUACUACUACUGGGCCGGUGAGCGUCUCUUCAGCUCAGGGCGCUUGUCAAUCAGCUCUGUCUUUGGCGAGAGUGCCACCGCCAUCGGAGGCAUGGUGUACGAGACCGCGAAGAACGCAGCAGCCACCACGACCCAGCGCAUGGAGCGAAUGGCUGAACUGUGA